AUGCAUGCAUCGAAAUGCGCCGCAAACAAGUUUACCGUUGCUGUAUACAAUAACGGGAAUCCCAUACGGACCACGGAAACUGCUGACCAUGAGGCCAUAUUUUCGGAUCUACCGAUAUGUGUGCCUCUGAUUGCUGGCGUGCGUGGACACAAUGAACUUGGGGAAGGUGAAGAAACAAGAACAGUAUUUACAAUAUCAGGC